AUAUUUCUCGCAUUUUAUUUCAGUUAUCCUCAGUUGAAGCGAAGACCGUAUGCAUACAUUCGCGACGAUGACGUGUCAUACUUCAGAGAUCUGCUCGCAGAUGACGGAACCCGCGUGAUUGCAGAUCCAGAAAAAUUGAUACAACAUUCUUGCGAUUGGCUCAAGACACUUAGAGGGAGCAGUCCGCUGCUGAUUUUCCCGAAGUCUGUGGAUGAAAUCCGGAAAGUUUUGGCGUAUUGCUUUGCGAAAAACUUGGCUGUGGCUGUUCAAGGAGGAAAUACUUCCAUGGUUGGCGGUGCUAUACCAAUAUUUGACGAAAUCAUUUUGAACACAAGUUUACUUAACGCGAUUCAUUUCGUUGACGAGAUUUCCGGUGAGUAAUCAGGGUAAUUUUCUUCUGCCCAAGCCGGUGACUUCAUAUUUGCAUGUCUUCCAAGCUUGGCCAGGAAGCCUUAUAAAGUGCUUCCACUCCCCUUUCACAGAGGGAGGAUUAAAAAAAUUGCAAUGCCUUACAAAUAGCAAUUAUUUAAAUAAACGAUGCCGAAUUAAAUUUGAAUUACUGUAUAUUGAAACUUCAAUUCAAGUGCUUCGGAAUCAAGUUUUUUUCAUGUGUAUUUUGUAUUUUUAUUGCUGUAUAUAAACUUGAGAAAGCGAUUUAUUGUGAAAUAUGCGUAACUUCGGGGAAAGUUACCCGAAAAAAGCAAUACCUCGAAAACUUGGAAUACCCUAAAACCUAAUUUGGUGUCGAAGCUUUUUUUUUUUACAGUAAAUUUGUAUUUAUUUGUAUGAAGAAUAUUUUUAUUGUUAUGGCCAUUUUAAAUGCAGGUUAUUGCGAAAUCGGGAAUUUUCAUUUCUAAAAUUCUGUUUUGAAAGGAAUGGCGGAAUGACGCGAUAAAAAAUAUACAGUAUUGUAUCUGCUUGGGCCAAAAUGUUGCUGAUAGAAGAAUUGGAUAAGAUUA